AUGAUGAUCAUAACUGCCGCCCAUGCCGAUCUAUUGGAAGAAGUCAUUUCCGAGUUUUAUAUACUUGACUCCCUCCAUUACAAUCUUCUUUUGGCUUAUCCAGCCAUUACCGAACAUGCAGACCCUGAACCUUCUUCCCUACUAGUCGACAACUUUGGUGGAGAGUUUGUCUGGGAUAGGUUUGGCUUACUGAGAGAUCAAGGGUCUGACAACAGUGAUACGAGAAGACAGGACACAGGCUGUGAAAUGCAUUGUUGCGGAUUAUGCAAAUUUUCUUCCGACAGCUUUGAUGAUUUCGCCACGCACCUCGACAGUCCCCAACAUGCAGUUAAGUCUUAUCUUGCAAAAGUGGAGGCGAAAAGGCUAGAAUUUGUCAAGCGUUCUCAUGAUUCUGAUGAUGAUGUUGCUCCCGAGACUCACAAGGCAAGUUAUUAG